GUGAAAAUUUGGUCAGAAUAACGCUUCUGAUGAGGAUGGAAGUCCUUGCAACACACAUCAACUUGAAAUGUCGGCCGUAUAUGGGCGUAUAGGCUACUCCAUAAGCCUCGAUGCGUAACAUGCAGAAGAUGGCUGCUACGGUUACUGUCGAGUUAGCUCGACGUCUCUGCGUUCUUAUAGUGGUCACAGGUGUCACAAGCAAUGUUGUAUUGAGAGUAGCGAGUACGGAGUGUGAUGAUAACGUCAUCAGCUGUCCUUGUGGCACUGAUGGAAGAAAUACAGUCGUCACUGUAAAAAUGUGCUUCAACGUGAGCGCUGGUUGUCUACCCUGUGAUGGACCUUAUACCUCACAGUCUAUCUGCGAACAAUUCCGGUACUGCAAGACGUGCCACAACAGCAAGGACGGGGGAUGCGAAUCCUGCCCACAGGGGCGUCAUGGCAAGAGGUGCCUUAAUGAGCAGACAUGUGGUCGGCCACCACCCUUAGAAAAUGGCUUUUAUGAAGGUUCUGACUGGGAGGAGGAAGAUCGUGUUCGUUAUUAUUGCAAGUAUCAGUGGAUACUUAGCGGAGAUUCCGAGCUGGUUUGCCAAAAUGGACGUUGGACAGGCAAGAUCCCGACAUGCAAAUUAAGCUGUGGGUCACCUCCUUAUUUAAGCACUGGUGAGUUCGGGGCCUCGAACUGGACGGAAGGAGCAAGGGCUUUUUAUCGGUGCCCAGAAAAGCUGGUAUAUGCAAGGAGAUGCGAUUCUCGUGUGCCGCAAUGCAAAAUGGAGAGGUCAAAUUCCAACGUGCUUAAAAGGCUGUGGUCCUCCACCAGAUAUACCUAACGGGCAUUAUGACGGUUCUAACUGGACAAACGGGGGGCGAGUGCGUUACAUCUGUAAAACAGGACGGUCCCUAAUUGGUGACCCGGAACUAAUCUGUGAUGGCAGUCGAUGGAUAGGUGUUGUGCCAUCAUGUGACUUAGGUUGCGGUCAACCACCUAAUCUUCACAAUGGGCGCUACGAAGGCAACAUUUGGAAUGAAGGUGACCGAGUACAGUAUUACUGUAACACUCAGUGGGUUUUUGUCUGGGGAUGCCGAAUUGGUGUGUCGGGACAGGCGUUGGACUGGAGUCAGACCCAACUGUGUUAUCACCUGUCCGUCACCGGAAGGAGGAAACAGAAACGUUCACCCUGUGAUGGCGACUUAUACGUCAACAACAACAGUGUCAAUAAGCUGUAAGCCCGGAUUCACAAGUGAUCUAAGUGGGCCAGUUUCUCUUACUUGCACAUCUAGUGGUACAUGGGACCGAUCCUAUCCAAGAUGUACAAAAAUCCUAGCAUCCACGGAGAUAGCAUGUUCGGUACCAGUUAGCCCAAAUAACGGCCGUGUUGUGGUACGGAACGGUCUGAAAGGCGUCUCCACAGGACAGCGGGCCGAGUUUAUAUGUGACAAAGGAUACACCUUGUCCGGAAUCGGAUUUUCUGUGUGCCGUGCAGAUGGGACAUGGUCUGUUGGUACCCCUCGAUGUAUUAAAGAAGUAACGUGCAUUGAUCCCGGAAUUCCUGAAAAUGGCCAACGUUCCACCAGACUACCUAGGCUUGGAAAUCACGUACGAAUCGGCGGUCUCAGAGGAGCAAGAUCAAGAUUACCAUUAGGCCAGAUGACACCUGUAUCGACCAGGAAUAAUACACAGCUGCCGUUGCCUACUAACCAGUUCGGGAUAUAUACUAUACUUUCAUAUUCCUGUAAUUCCACAUUCUACAAGCUUGAUGGUCCGAGCCAGCGCACGUGUCAAGCGUCAGGGGAAUGGUCGGGUAAACAGCCUUCGUGUCAACCAGUUUGUGGAAAACCUAACCGCCUGAAAUCAGCAACGAUAAUAAACGGAAAGGCGACCCGUCGGGGUGAUUGGCCGUGGCAAGCCUUUAUCGCUGUUCGCCAGUCGAAUGGCUUAUUCCUCGGAAUAUGUGCUGGAAGCAUCGUUAAUGAGCAGUGGGUUAUCACAGCCGCAGAUUGUGUCUCGAAUAAGCAACCAGCGGACGUCAAUGUUUACCUUGGGAAAUAUUUUAGAGAUUAUCAAAGGGACGACAACUCCGUCAGAAAAUUCGAGGUAGCCAGUAUCACAGUUCAUCCGAACUUCGACUCGCUGUACCUCGAUUUUGAUAUCGCCCUUCUGAAACUGUCUACCAAAGUAACAUUCACGGCUCGAAUAUCCCCUAUUUGCCUGCCAAGCUUUGAUUCCAAUGGUGAAAUGUUGGGCAAUUCUUUGAUAAACCCUGGUUCAGUUCUGACCAUCGCUGGAUGGGGAUACACGGAAAACGGAACGGUGUCGAAAGCUCUCCGUGUUGCGCAAGUCAAGACAAUCUCCAACGCAGAAUGUAAAAAUAAAUACUACAGCAGUGGCUUACUGGUCUCGGUCACUGAUAACAUGUUUUGUGCUGGACAAACCGAUGGAAAGACAGAUGCGUGUUAUGGAGAUUCUGGAGGGCCUGCUAUGGCGUUGUCUGGAACUCGUGACAACAGAAGUUGGCAUCUCGUGGGUAUGGUGAGCUGGGGGAGUCCUAUAAAAUGCGCCGUAGUCAAUCAGUAUGGCGGAUACACGCGGAUUUCGAGAUUUUUGAAGUUCAUUGCAGAUACGAUAGGAUCUAAAUACAAAACUGUGGGAUGAAGGAGAAGAUGGUGAAGUGGAGUACGAAUGUGCGGCGGAAGACUCAAGAAGGCAGCUGGGAAGAAGCGUUGUUGUGCUGUGUUUUGGUGUUUGUGGCGGUUUUGUAGUGUAUAUUCUGUGUUCCGAAUUCGGAAAGUAAAUGUGUAGUGGUUUUUACGCGUUUUGCAAAUACCACAUCAAAACAUUAUUCAUGGUGAAAUAUAUCUCAUGUUGUAUGUAAAGGAGUUCUCAUUGUUCACAUGAUGUCCUCCGUACGUGUUUGUGCCCAGCUAUAUACCUGUACUUUACUAACACUCAACAAAAGAAUUUUUUAUGCACCUCUGCGAUUCGUCACGAUAUCUUGAUCGUAAUCAACCACGACAUACUUACUCCCAUUUUGUUUGUGACAAAAACGCGCACAUACGAUUAAUGAAGAUGAUGUGAUGCACGUGUGAAGCUAGUAAGCUCGACAAAACCAGGAUUUAUUUAGAAUUACAGGCGUUUUUUUUCGCUCGAAGACUGGCGCUUGGCGGAGGAUAAGUGAACGAGGGCCGCCGUCGUAUAAGUGAAAUAUUCUUGAGUACGGCGUAAAACAACAAAUAAAUAAAUAAAUAAA